AACGUAUUUCAGGCGGCGGACCACCGCCCGAACCGCUAGACGACAGGCUCGCUCGAGUCGAGGCGCUCGUGCCGCACGUGGCGGUGCGGGUGCCAAACCCAUUUGACAGCGACAGGCAGUCGCAGACGCUAGCCAGUGAGUCCGUCGCAGACAUUAUUGACGGCAUGAUACAGGAGACCGAUGCACGGUGCCACGACAGCGACGAUGAGUUCGUGAUGAACCGUGACCUAAGCCAGGCAGAAAAUGAGUUUGCUGAGGCUACAACACAGCAGAGCUCGCCAGCACCUCCUCUAAGCAGUGGUGGGCUGCCUGCAGAAACGGCAACCUCAUCGUGCGGCCAAAACAGAGAAGAAGCUUUCGUGGACCAAGGUUCAGGAGCUCAGCCAGUUGUCCGCCGUCGCCAAGGUGGCCGUCUUGCUGCUGUCGACACAGCAUUGUCGAUGGAGCUGGAGGCUCGCCUUCGUGCUGUAAACGACGAGAGAAAUCAAAAACGUACUGAGCACGGGGCAAGAAUGAAAAUGAUAGAAGGCGAACAUGCUUUGAAAAAGCAGCAAUAUGCCGAUGAACGGCGCAAACGGAAUAUACUGCACAGAAUGAAGGUGCGUGUUUUAAAACCUAAAAAGAGGGUCCAUAACCUCAAGCAAGCAAUUAUAACAAAGCAGCCUGAACUCCUCAGGCCAGGAGGCAUUAUUGAACGUGACCUCGUACCGCAAGAUUAUUAA